AUGAGUAUAGAUUCUUGUUACGAAGGUAUAAUUGAAAAGUUAACUUUACAAGGCAAUGUAAAAGAAAUAUCUGAGAAACUGUUAACUUGUAAAACAAAUGCAGACAGAGUUCUGCAAGUUUAUGAUGUUAUAAGUGAUUUAAAUGCCUUCCCAGAACCACUUGAGGUUAAUAAGUCAACUGAUUUGUCUUUAUACUACCGUAACCGUGGCAACGAGUGUUUCAAGAAAUCUCAGGACUUUGAGGCCUGGCAAUACUACAACUUGUCGUUGCUCCAUGCUCCUACAAGCUCAGAUGAUUAUGCAUUAGCUUUGUCAAACAGAUCAGCUGUGUUUUUCUCUUUGAAAAAGUAUAAGGAAUGCCGUAAAGAUAUUAAAAUGGUACUAACUUUAAAUUACCCAGAAAAGUUACAUGAGAAGCUUGUUAAAAGACAAAAGUCGUGUGAAGAGUGCCUUAAAUUAGAUUUGAGUAACUUGAAAAGUUCAAUUUCUGAAAGAUCUCAGGAAAUUGAUGUAAUAACAAAAUUAAAAAGUCCAAGAGACAGCACCUAUUUGUGCGCUAGUAACAAACUUCAAGUGGCAUACAAUUCAGAGAUGGGGAGGCAUGUCAUUGCCAAAGAGGAUAUUAAAGUUGGGGAAGUAUUAGUCAAAGAAAAUCCAUAUUUCAUCUUAUUGCAUAAAAAUGAGUAUUUAUUCAGUUGCAGCUAUUGUUUGUCAAGAGACAUGAAUCUCAUUCCUUGUGAUAAUUGUUGUUUUACUUUAUUCUGUAGCGAAGAAUGCAAGAAUAGAGCAGAGAAGGACUAUCAUUCUAUUGAAUGUCCGUUAAUGGCUGCUCUUAUUGAUUUGCAAUUCACUAAAUUGGAGUUGCUUGCAUUGAGAACUACUAUAAAAGCCCGCAAUGACCAUCCGGACUGGGAAAGUCUGUUCCAGACAAUUGAAGAUGCUGAAUCAAAAUUGAAUUCAGAAAAUAGAGGAUGCGUUUUACAAGAUGAUAAGUGGAUUUAUGAUUCAAAAUAUUAUGCAUCUAUUCAUACAUUAGCUACAAAUAUUGAGAGGCGAUCCAAUUCUGAUGUGUUUCAAAAAGCUGUGACUGCUGCGGUUUUUUUGAAAUUUUUGUCUGACAGAACACUUUUUCUCAAUAAUAAUGAGUUAGGCCGUAGAUGCGUAUCUGAUUUGUUACUGCUGCAUAUUAUGACAAGUGCUACGAAUAUGCAUGGACUGAGUUCAAACAUUGAGAACGCGGAGGGCAACUUUGUGGAUGGGUUGAGUACAGCAAGUGCUCCGUAUGCAUUCCACAGUCUUCUUAAUCAUUCUUGUGCUCCCAAUGUGGUGCGGUUCAGUAAACUGGGCUCUGGGAAGAUGACUUUGUUUGCUCUCCGGCCAAUCAAGAAGGGAACACAAAUUUUUGAUAACUAUGGGUCUCACCAUGCUCUCCAAGAUCUGAAGGCGCGGCAAGCAAAUCUCAAAUUCCAAUACAAAUUCAUAUGCGUUUGCGAGGCUUGUGUCAAUGGUUGGCCGACUUACCUCACUAUGAAGAUGUCACUCAAUAAGACCAAAGUCCCAGUAAACCUUGUCCUACGCAAGGAGCAACUUUUAAAUCCUGUUAUAAUAGAUAAACUACAGAAAGGGGAUUUAGAUACUGCGGUAAAUAUAUUUAAGCCUCUCUGCGAAUUGACUGAGGUGUUGGACGCCUUUGCCCCUAACAUAGAACUGGCAGAUUGCCAAGAAACGCUUAAACAGUGCCUUGCAAUCUUUGGGGGUCUAGUGCCCUAUGGAUAUAGUAAACUUGUUGAAUGGGACGCUAAAAUUAAUAAGAAUUGUUGUAUUACCAAGUUUUUGAAUGGCACAUAUUUUUCAAGCUAAUGUAGAAAAAGAGUAUAUUGGGGACUGAUAAUAAGCGUAUUUACUGUUUUUAAAUUAUAACUAUAAUUAGUAUUGGUGAUUGAUGAAAAAAGCGGUGCCUUAAGUCAGUAAGCAAUCAAAGUGUUACAUUAAUUGCAUGUACGAGUAACAUCACUGUUUGAUUAUUUGUACAUAUAUAUUUUUAUAAAUUUACAGUAGGAAGUAAGAAAAAGAAAAUGUGUUUGAUAUUAUAAAAAGUAUUUUAUUGUUGUUUAGUAAGUACAUUUUUAUGAAGGGAUUAUAAGAAGACCAAAAUAAUAAGGUAUAUAAUUUUUAAGGCUUCAAUUCAUAAGUGUAGGUAUAUGUGAUGGAUUGCUCCUUCCUUUGGAUUAUAUUUGAGUGAGCCCAAUCAAGAAUGUUAUGUUUGUGAACAAAUAAACCUUUAGAUACGGUUGUUCAUACUAUAUUGCAGGGGUCACCAAAUGGCGGAUUGCGGUCCGCAUCCGGACCGCCGACCUAUUUAAUUUUUUUGCUUAUUUAAUAAACUCAAGGAGAAACUGACCGCGAUGGUCAUUUUAUUUUAAGAACCGGACCCCUGAAGAAACUAAUUGGUGAACCCUGCUAUAUUGCAUAACAGCCGUAACAGGCAUAUCCUCGUAACACAGCGUACUACGUAGGCGAACAACACGCGAACGCGAAGCGAAGCGAUGCAGCGCGGGGUGAAUCAAUCCUUUGAUACCUAUAGAAGUGUCCUUCUUCGCCGCUUCGCUUCGCGUUAGCGAGUUGUUCGCUUACGUAAGACGCUCGCUGCGUGCGUAAGGCCCACGGUCCUACCCGUAGUACUAAUUUCUUCAAUGUAAUUUUAACAAUUUUUAUUUGGAACAGAGUUGCAUUUCUUUUUUCGUUAGAUUUCAAAACGAGAGAAAUUCAACCAUGUGUACCAACCAUACUUUACAAUAAGUAGGUAAAGCCAGUCAAAUAUGUAUGGAUGGUAUAGAAAGGAUGCCUAUCUCUUAUGGCAGAAUUGUUGCAAAAGUGACCGCUUUCAGCUUUAAAUAAUAGUUCCUAAUCUCUUCGGUGGCGCUAGGUAGGCUCUGAGACCAAAGAGUAUUGUAAUAUAUAGGAGACUCUAUGACAUGAACCAUAGAGGUAUAAUAAUGUAGAGAUAAAAUGGGAGAGGGGCAGCAAAUAACCCGACCAAAUUACGUAGGUUGUUUCUGGUAUGUUGUCAGGAAUGUUAAAACGUGUUUUUAAUUUUGUCGCAUUCCGUAUGUUCUGUCCCGCACGGUCGCACGGGUGCACAUCUAUAUACAAUACUAGGUGUAUGGUCUAGGUACUUCAGUGUAUGGUAGCGCCGCCUAUUUACUGUCUUUUACGGUUACUUUUUGAUACAUGAAGGGUCAUUUCCUUACCUCUACCUUCCAUAAAAAUAUGAUCAUUGUCAAGAGGGCGCUGUUAUUUUCAUCUAGGCAUAGACAUAGUAUAAGUAUACAAGUAGUAUAGACGCGCCACAGAGCGACCGGGGGUAAGAGAAAGAAUAUUCAUAUAAAUUUUGGGCAGCAUAGGAUUUUUUCUCUUUCACUCUUAUAAAUUUCGGUAUUUCGCCAUCGCCUCCUACCUAUGAUGCCACCCGGUCGGUGAUAAGGACAAAGCAUGGCACUGUUUUCUCUUUCCUCUUAUAGGAAUCGCAAUAAGACUAUCUUUCUCUAUCAAAGAGUGUCAGGCCCUUGCAUGUAGGUAUAGGGUGAAAAAGUUCACUAUCGUAUGAAAAAAAUUGUUCCAGUGAAAUUCCGCAACAUGACGCGUGAUCAUAUAUAGGUAUUACUGGUCAGGCUUUACUUACCUACUUUAUGACCUACUUCUUUAAGAAGUCCAAUGUAUUCGUAACUAAGCUUUUGGAUAUUUUUUUAACAUAUAUGAUUAAUUUUUUUUUAUAAUUAAUAAAGUUGAUUGACAUUGUUUG